GUCCAUCUCACACUUCUCUCGACUUCCAUUUCAGUACCUGACACCGAACAAAACAGAAACUCCUGCGUUCCCUCUCACAGAAUCAAAUAAGGGUUUUUCUUCUCCACACCAACCCCAGCCCUGACUGUCGAGCUUCUCUCAUUGUUUCCCAUCAACAUCAACAGCGAAAGUUUUUGUGGCGAGUGAUGGAGAAAGAGCUCCUUGAGUUGUUCGAAGCCACGAAAAAAGCGGCGGACGCUGCUGCCGUUAACAGCGGAGCUCCGUCUGAAGAGGAACGAUGCCUUGACGCUUUGAAGCAACUCAAGGAUUUUCCGGUCACCUACCAGGUUCUCGUUUCCACUCAGGUUGGGAAGCGACUUCGGACCCUCACAAAACAUCCUACGAAGAAGAUUCAGGCUUUGGCUUCUGACCUAAUUGAUAUAUGGAAGAACAUAGUUAUUGAGGAAACGACUAAAAAUAAGAAAAAUGGAGAUUUGGAGGAUAAAGAAUCUCCAAAACCUGUUACUGCAAAUCCAGAGAAUGUCAAGGCAACUCCCCUUCUAAAGGUUUCAAAAGCUGAAAAUAUCAAGGUUGAGAAGCAAACGUCUGGUGUGAAGAAGCCAUCGCAUAAUAUUGUUGGUCCCCCAAAGCUGACUUCUAUAAGCAAAUGUAACGAUGCUUUGCGGGACAAAGUCCGGGAACUGCUUUCUGAGGCUUUAUCCAAAGUUGUUGGUGAAGCUGAUGAAGAUAUUAUGGAUGCAGUGAAUGCAUGUGACCCCAUCCGAGUUGCUGUUUCAGUGGAGUCUGUAAUGUUUGAAAAAUGGGGUCGAUCCAGUGGAGCCCACAAGUUAAAAUAUAGAUCUCUAAUGUUUAAUAUUAAGGACGCAAAGAACCCAGAUCUCCGGAGAAAAGUACUUCUUGGACAAGUGAUGCCUGAGAGACUUCUUGAAAUGGGCCCAGAAGAAAUGGCAAGCGAUCGACGACAGCUUGAGAACCAACAAAUCAAAGAGAAGGCUUUAUUUGACUGUGAGCUCGGAGCUGCUCCAAAAGCCACAACUGAUCAAUUCAAGUGUGGUCGAUGUGGGCAACGCAAGACUACUUACUACCAGUUGCAAACUCGGAGUGCUGAUGAACCUAUGACUACCUUUGUGACGUGCGUAAACUGCAAUAACCAUUGGAAGUUCUGUUAACAUCUCUUAGGAGGAGCUACCGGCCAUCUGUAACUGAUUGGCAUCGAUUCAUGAUCUACAAUGCUGCCUGUGUUAUUAUGGUGCAGCGCUAGUGCAGAUAGUAUCCUGACUUCCCAAAUGACAAGCAUCUCUAUUCCUUAUUGUUGUAGGCUGGUUAGGAUUAAUUUGUUCCCUUAAUCGCUUUUCACAUAUUUGCUUCUUUCAUUUUAUUGUUGUAGAAUGGUUAGAGGAUUAAUUUGUUUCAAGAAAUAGCUUCUUUCAUUGGCUUCAA